AUGUCUGACCCCACUGUGAGUAGCGACAAACAACCGCAGGAAGAAGAACUCAAUAUAACAGUCGCUGUAAGAUGUCGAGGAAGAAAUCAGAGAGAAAUUGACGCCAAAAGUUCAGUCGUAGUAACGGUUCCCGAUAUAAUGGGGUCGAAAGAAGUAGCGAUAAACACGUCCGAGGAUAUUGGAUUCACCGCUCAGAUGAACUCGAAGACUUAUACGGUCGAUAAAGUUUUUGGUCCCAGCGCUACACAGUCAUUAAUAUUCGAUGAGAUCGCUGAACCGUUAUUCAGUGAUUUUAUCAAAGGUUACAAUUGUACUAUGCUAGUUUACGGUAUGACGUCGACGGGGAAGACUUAUACAAUGACUGGGGAUGAGAAACUUUAUAAUGAAGAGUUGAGCGAUUCUGCUGGGAUUAUACCAAGGAUACUUUUCAAAUUGUUCGAAACGUUGGAAAAAUUGAAUGAAGAUCAUAUCGUUAAAUGUUCGUUUGUCGAAUUGUAUAAUGAAGAAUUGAAAGAUUUGUUACAUGGUGACUGUAAUAAUGAUAAUGGGAAUUUUAAGAAACUGAGGAUUUUCGAUUCAUUAGGUAGAGACAGUAGAUCAAAUUCAAGAAAUAAUUCACCAAAGAUGUCAAAUAAUAAUACAACCUUUCUGAAGAAGAAAUUAAGAAAUGAAGCUCUUUUAAGAUCAAGAAAUAUUGCGUCAUCAAAGCGUUCCAGUAUGCAGACGAUACGAAAUACUACAACAACAAAGGCGUCGGCAACAACGACGACGACGACAAUGUUUUCGUCCGGUAAUAAUGACAGUGCAAAUAAAUUUUCUCCUGCAGAUAACGACAAAUCAACUAUUCAAUCCGAUCAAACAGCUGGUAUAUAUAUUCAAAAUUUACAAGAAUUCCACAUAACAACGGCCAAGGAAGGUAUAAAAUUGCUUCAAAAAGGGUUGAAAUACAGGCAAGUUGCAAGUACUAAGAUGAACGAUUUCUCUAGUAGAUCCCAUACGAUUUUUACUAUCACACUUUUCAAAGAAGUUAAAGGUGAAAUAUUUAGAUUAUCCAAAAUGAAUCUGGUCGAUUUAGCUGGUUCUGAAAAUAUUAACAGAUCAGGUGCCUUAAACCAACGUGCGAAAGAAGCCGGCUCUAUAAAUCAGAGUUUAUUGACAUUAGGUAGAGUCAUAAAUUCUCUAGCAGAUAAAAACGUUCAUGUACCCUUUAGAGAGUCGAAGUUGACAAGAUUGUUACAGGAUUCUCUCGGCGGGAAUACAAAAACUGCUCUCAUAGCAACAAUAUCUCCAGCAAAGGUCACUUUGGAAGAAACUUGCAGUACUUUAGAAUAUGCUUCAAAAGCGAAAAAUAUUAAGAAUAAACCACAAUUGGGCUCAUUUAUAAUGAAAGAUAUUCUUUUGAAAAAUAUCACCACAGAAUUAACAAAAAUAAAAUCAGAUUUAUUAUCCACAAAGAGUAAAGAUGGUAUCUACAUGGAUCAACAACAUUAUAAAGAAUUGACUACAGAUUUACAAAAUUAUAAGACAGAAAUUCAAGAAUGUAAAAGAACCAUUGAAUCACUAACGUCACAAAAUGCUUUACUCUUAAAGGAUAAAAGGACAAUAAAUGAAAAUAAUGAACUACAAAGAAUCAAAAUACAGACAAUGAAUGAGUCAAUGAAAAAGUUAUAUGCAAAGAUUGAAAGACAACAAUCUAUUGAAAAUGAAUUAGAUGGUAAGAUUCAAAUAUUUACGAAGACCAACUCGAAACUUACAAAAAUUAUUGAUGAAAUGAAAAAUCGUGAAGCUUUAGUAAACUCGAAAUUUAAAACUCUCCUGGAUCAUUCGCUAUCCUAUGUUUCCAAAAAAUUGAAUUAUCAGAUUGAAAAUUUUAAAGACCAAGGUAUUAACCAAAAUUUCACUGUAGAUGAAAAUUUACAAUUAAUUAAAAGUGAAAUGACAAAUCUUUUGUCAACGGCAAGAGACAAUUUCGAAAAAUUUUAUCAAGAGUGUAUAACCAAAUUUUUAAGCGAUACCCCAUUAUUGUUCGAUGAAAUCAAUGAUAAUGUACUUAAUUUGAAGGCUUUAACAAGUAAUUAUUACAGCCAGAUCGCGGAAAAUCUAUCUGAUUUGAGCGAAGAGUAUAACAAUUUCAAACAGUUUAUAACAGAUGAAUUUUACAAUCAAGAAAAGGGUCAUCAACAUGAAUUGUUAAACAAGUACAUCAAUAACACCCAAACUGUCAUAGAAAGUUCUUCAAAUGAUGUGAUGUCCACAAUUCAAAAUUUGCUCAAUGAACACCUGAGAGCAAAUAAGGAGUUAAUCAUCAAUUCUUUAAGUAAUGUAACUACUGAACUUAUGUCUAAUGAAUUGGAUAGAUUGAAACCGAAAUUAUCUAAAUGGGAAGAGUCUGCUGAAUUGAUUAAUAGAUCAGACGCCUUGAACAAUGAAUUCAAUGAUAAUGUAGAAUCAUCAAUGACCACAAUGACCGAUAAAAUUAAACAAACAAACGAUUCAAUAAACAAUAACAUCAAGAAAAUAAAUGAACACUUCAAGACAAAUGACAUAGCGCAUUCUAAUAACUUGAUGAUUGAUGAUAAUAAUAUUAUAAAAAAUAAUUUCAAAUCCAUUGAAGAAAAGAACUCGAGACUUCAUGAAUUUGUUAAAGAAGGUUAUCUAGUUACCAAUGAGUCAAUGAAAAAAUUGAAUGAGUUAGAUACUUCGAUACGGACAGUUUUAAAAGAUAUUGAUUAUGAAAAGGAUAUUAAAGAAACUAAUUCACCAUUGAAGCCAUCGCAUAAACAUGAUUACAACCACACGAUACCAUUAGAUAAUGACAAAAAAAGAAGUUUCCUCAAUAACGCGAAUGAUAAUGAAAUGCAAAAUCAGUCAAAGAUACCCAGGUUAGAAUGA